UCCUGCACAGCAUUCUGCUUCUGGUGUCGCUGGGAACUAAACAUGCACGCGGACGCGCUGGUGAACUCCGUCCUGGUCUCGCUGAGCCUGCUUCUCCUGGCGGCCGCGGAGGAAAGUUUGUCACAAUCGCUGAGGGCGAGCGGGCCGGAGCAGUGCCGGCUCUCCGCUGAGCUGUCGCAGAGCCGCUGCCGGACGGAGGACGGGCUGAUCUGCAGCGGGAGGGGGGACUGUGACUGCGGGGUCUGCCUGUGUCCCGUCACCGAGCCCGGAAGCUUCUACGGCCCGCUGUGUGAGUGCCACGACUGGGUCUGCCCUGCACACGCCGGCAAGACCUGCAGCGGUCAUGGCACCUGCGAUUGCGGGAAGUGUACCUGUGAGGAGAGCCGGUUCGGGGAGGCCUGCCAGUUCCAGGAGGACUGCAACCUCUCCAAACGCAGGAGCAAAGAGCUGUGCAGAAACCCGCAGGGAGUGCUCUGCUCAAACAGAGGCUCCUGUCACUGCGGCAGCUGCAUGUGCCGGGACCCGGACGGGCGCGGGCUCGUGAGCGGCCCCUUCUGCGAGUGCGACGACAGCGAGUGCAUCGACGAGGAGACGGGAGAGGUGUGUGGAGGCAACGGACAGUGCUACUGUGGAAACUGUUACUGCCAGGCUGGUUGGCAUGGCGACAAAUGCGAAUACCAGUGCGACAUCAGCCCGUGGGAGAGCAAGAAACGCUGCACGUCUCCAGAUGGAAAAAUCUGCAGCAACCGAGGGACCUGCAUCUGCGGCGAGUGCACCUGCCAUGACGUGGACCCGUCGGGCGACUGGGGCGACAUCCACGGGGACACCUGUGAGUGCGACGAGCGGAGCUGCCACUCCACCUACGACCGCUACUCCGACGACUUCUGCUCCGGUCACGGCCAGUGUAACUGCGGGCGCUGCGACUGCAGGGAGGGCUGGGACGGCAGGAAGUGCGAGCACCCGCUUUCCUGUCACAUGACCCUGGAGGCCAGCCUGAAACGCUGUCGCGGAACGUCCAGCGCACCCUGCUUCGGGAGAGGACUGUGUGAAUGUGGCCAGUGUACCUGUCACCCUCCGGGAGACAAACGCGUCCACGGGAAGAACUGCGAGUGUGACGACCGGCAGUGUGAGGACCUGGAGGGACAGAUCUGUGGAGACCAGGGCUUCUGCUCCUGCGGCCGCUGCAUCUGUAACGACGGCUGGUUCGGGAAGCUGUGCCAGUUCCCCCGGGCGUGCGACAUGUCCGACGUGCAGAGCAAGAGCCUCUGUGAGACCGACGACGGGGGGAUGUGCUCGGGGAAGGGGUCCUGUCACUGUGGGAAGUGUAUCUGCUCACCCCAGGAGUGGUACAUUUCCGGAGAGUUCUGUGAAUGUGAUGAUAGGGAGUGUGACAAACAUGACGGCCUCAUCUGCACAGGAAACGGUGUGUGUAACUGUGGCAGCUGUGACUGUUGGGAGGGAUGGAUCGGGAACGCCUGUGAGAUCUGGGUGGGGUCGGAAUACUGACCCCUCCCACGGGAAUACUGCCCGCCCCCACGCGGGAAUACUGACCCCCCCCAGGGAUACUUUUCAGACUCUUUAAAAACAAAAGACUGGUCUGGUCUACGCCACGACACACCAGAGGAGAAGAGGACCAGGGAACAGCAAGGAAUAAACACUCCGAAUAUGGAAUAUAAUUCUUCAUUCACAUUUCUGCAUAUCACUGGCAUAACAGCAUUCAUUUUACUGGUUACAAAUUAUCUUUAUUAAAACUAUAUUGUUGUAUGCAAGUAAAACAAUGGCAAAAGCAAAAUAUGAUCUUUUUUUUUUCUUUGUAGACACAGUACCUUGUUACGUUAUAUGUUUCCAAUACAACUAUAUGUAUGAAAAUGGUUUAUAGGAAUGCUUACAUAUUCCUGGACAGCUACACAUAGUCAGAUGCAGGUACAGGGACAAACAGAAAAGCAGAAAGUUUUAUUGUCAGGAUGAUGAAGAGGAGCUGAGGGAGUCUUCACCUGAACAUCCGGCUGCCAGUAUUACCCAGAGCUUGGUGAGAAAUGACCCACGUUCUCCUGGCCUUCCUGUCAGGCGUACAGUAAAUCACCCGCUUUUUUAAAUAUUUCGUUUUAAGGAAAAUAAAACAUCUGUG